AUGACCGGAACUGCACAUACGCCGUCCUUGGACUCCCGUCAGGACUCAGAGUCGAAGCAUCAAAACAUCUUUGGCCAACUCGCACGCGCACCCUAUGAUCCCUCAUCAUCCCUCGAGUCCCAGCGCCAGGACCUCGAAUCAAAAAACUCCAGUACAUCUAUUCCAACAAGUCUAUGGGCUGAAGGUGGUUUUCUAGGUUGCCUCACAAUCUUUGGCGGCUUCCUAGGAAGUUUCGCGACCAUGGGGCAAGUGUCUUCAUUCGGAACUUACCAGGCAUGGUAUGCCGAGCAUCAACUUUCCGCCUAUUCACCCUCGGCAAUAUCCUGGAUCGGCGGACUCCAGCUUUGGGUCAUGAUGUUCUCUGGCGGAUUGAUCGGUCGCUUAUUCGACGCCUAUGGGCCCACCCCGUUGCUAGCAUCUGGGACGCUUAUAUACACGCUCAGUUUAAUGAUGACAUCAUUAGCAACUCGGUACUACGAGUUUAUGAUCGCUCAAGGCUUUCUACUUGGAUUGGGGGCCGGACUGGUGUAUAAUCCAUGCAUUGCCGCGUCAACUGCUCGCUUCCGCCAUUUUGCAGGCACAUCUAGUGGUAUCGUCCUCGGUGGCUCUGGUGCAGGCGGUGCCGUGUUUCCUCUACUGCUUCAACGCCUCCUCGGCACUGUCGGGUUCGCAUGGGCAGUCCGGAUACAGGGGUUCCUUGCACUCGCGUGCUGCAUCAUCGCAACACUCACAAUUUCGAGUCCUUUGCCUAAAAAUAAAAACACACCGUGGAUAGACACCAAGUCAUUCCGCGACACAAAAUACAUGAUGGUGUGUAUUGCAUACGCUCUGAUAUGCCUUGGCUUAUUUAUCCCUUCCACUUAUAUUGUCCAAUACGCACAAGCACAGGGCUUAUCCCAAAAUCUCGGGUUUUCUCUGCUAGCGAUCAUGAAUGCCACAAACACUAUCGGUCGCAUUGUUCCAGGGUGGUUCGCGGACAAACUUGGAAGAUUUAACCUCAUGAUUCCCUCUGCUCUACUAGCCGGCAUUUCAUGUAUUGCGCUGUGGCUAUUUGCGCAUGACACGGCAACCCUAGCGGCAUUCGCUGUGAUGUACGGCUUAUUUGCGGGCGCGACGAUGGGAUUGGAUGUCGCUGUUACAGCACAAAUUUCACCGCCAGAAAAUUUUGGUACGCGCGUUGGGAUGUCCUACGCUUUUAUGUCUAUUCCAUCCUUGGUUGGAAGUCCUAUUGGAGGUGCCAUCUAUGCAAGCCAACACGGCGGCUACUCUGGAAUGAUCGUGUUUGCGGCGAUCUUCAAUAUUCUAGGAUUUUUUUUCUUAAUGGCAGUGAAGCUCAUGAUCAACCGAAAUAUUUUUGUUAUAGUGUAAAAUUCGUAAAAGCGUCGAGUGGCAUUAGAUGUCUAGAUAGAUUGCGCUGGGCUCGCAGCAUACCUACCCUCAAACUGUGACUGUAAUUAAUAGAUUCAAUGUACUACCAGAAACAUGGCGUUUGGCACUCCAUUUACAGUUGAGAUGACAUGUGAAAGGCCUCGCCGAGAGUUUAAUGGUGACAAAGUUUGGACUCGUGAUCGGGAUUUCAGUUCCGAGCGGUUAGAAAGUCUAAUCACUCUGAUUCAUCACGACCACCCUACCUUAUGUCUACGUCAUCCUGAUGAUAUUCCUGUCUUUUGUCAUCCUUGUCAGCUUGUCGUCAGUCACCUGGGAUAAGGAUAUGACAACCGUAGCCUGGGAGCUGCAGACAAUAAUAUGGUGUUGGCAGGCGGGUAUAGGAUAUAGCACGGGUAUUAGG